UACCAUCGUGUCUUCACUGUUCAAAGCUGGAGCUCUUCCAUAAGCUGUCAAAGGGAGCGCCCAGUCGCGUCGCGUCGCGUCGUUCCUCUGAUGUCCGUGAAUACUUCCUGGUCCAAAGUUGUGUGUACUUAAAUCAAAGUCAUUUGAGCAUGAAGUCGGAUGGUGAACUCACAGCAGGGAAUUACACUUCAACGGACACACACACACUUCUCUAAACUGAGGAACAGAGAAGUUCAAUAGUAUAGCCUAAUUUAUUAUUUAGCGUUGACGCUUAGCAAACAUGAUGCGAACAGAUGAACAUUAUCCACACAACGGAACCCUGAAGUCUCAUUGUGACCAGAAACAACAGGAAAACAACAGUUUGAAGAAUGGAUAUCACAGAAAUGAAAAGGUGCAUAAAAAUGGCACGGCAAACGGUUUUCAUCAGCCUCUAGAUAGGGGUGAAGAUUCAUUCGAGGAGGCCCCCAUGUAUGUGGCUGUCCUGACAUACAUGGGCUAUGGAAUUGUCAUCCUGUUUGGCUAUUUCAGAGACUUACUAAGAGCUAUUGGAUUAGAAAAAUGCCAUCAGGCCCAGGAGAGAGAAGAGCAAAAGGACUUUGUUCCACUUUACCAAGAUUUUGAAAACUUCUACACCCGGAACAUGUACAUGAGAGUCAGAGACAACUGGAACCGGCCCAUAUGCAGUUUACCCGGUCCGGUUUUUGAUCUCAUGGAAAGGGUAACGGAUGAUUACAAUUGGACUUUUAGGUUAACAGGGAGAACCAUUGAGAACGUCAUAAACAUGGGCUCCUACAACUAUCUGGGUUUCGCUGAAAACAAUGUUGACUUCCUGAAAACCGUAGCAGAGGUGACCAGACAGUAUGGGGUGGGCGUCUGCAGCACAAGACAGGAACUAGGCAACUUCAGCAUCCAUGAGAAACUGGAGCGACAUGUGGCUGAAUUCUUGGGUGUGGAGUCUGCCAUGGCGUUUGGAAUGGGUUUCGCCACCAAUUCCAUGAACAUUCCAACUCUAGUCGGAAAGGGCUGUCUGAUCCUGAGCGAUGAGCUAAAUCACACGUCCCUUAUCCUGGGAGCUAGGUUGUCGGCCGCAACCAUUCGAGUUUUCAAACAUAACAACAUGCAGAGUCUAGAAAAGCUGCUGAAGGAAGCGAUUUGCUCAGGGCAACCCCGUACCCAUCGCUCUUGGAAGAAGAUUCUCAUCAUGGUGGAGGGCAUCUACAGUAUGGAAGGCUCUCUUGUCAGGCUGCCAGAGAUCUUAGCACUAAAGAAGAAGUACAAGGCUUAUCUGUACCUCGAUGAGGCCCAUAGCAUCGGGGCCGUGGGCGCCACAGGUCGGGGAGUUACAGAACAUUUUGGAGUGGACCCCAAUGAAGUGGACGUUCUGAUGGGCACCUUCACUAAGAGCUUCGGGGCUGCUGGCGGAUACAUAGCUGGCAAAAAGGAGUUGGUGGAUUAUUUGCGGGCUCAUUCUCACAGUGCAGUGUACGCUACAGCCAUGUCCCCACCUGUCGUGGAGCAGAUCAUCAGGGCAAUCAAAUGCAUCAUGGGAGUCGAUGGCACAACAGAAGGCCAGCGAAGAGUUCGGCAGCUGGCUGAGAACACGCGCUACCUCAGAUCUCGGCUGAAGGAUAUGGGCUUCAUCGUUUACGGCAACCAGGACUCUCCAGUGGUACCGCUCCUGCUCUAUCUACCUGGGAAAGUUGGGGCGUUCUCACGGGCCAUGUUGAGGAGGAAGAUUGGUGUUGUAGUUGUAGGCUUCCCGGCUACACCCAUUACAGAAGCCAGAGCUCGCUUCUGUGUGUCUGCCGCCCAUACCAAAGAAAUGCUCGACAAGGUUCUCCAGAGCCUUGAUGAACUUGGAGACUACAUCAGGGUGAAGUUCUCUCGUCAUAGACUUUCUCAUCGGCCAGUGCUGUACGAUGAAACAGACUUUGAGCUGGACAGCUGAUCAUACACUCUCAUCACUGUGAGUGUGUUGCCACCAAGGUCACCUCAGUGUAAAAGAAAAAAAGUCUUUUCCCCCUCAAAAAAAUGUGCAGUGUUUGUAAUAGCUUUUAAAAUUCGUCCUCCUGUGAGGCAUGGACAUUUAUGUGUAUAUAUUGUAAAAUGAUAUUUAAUUGUUUUUUUAACUGCUGUUUCUCAGUUUUGUGAAGUUUGUUAAGGGAUUUUUUUUUCUCAGGGGAUUGUGAGGAAAAGGGAGGGCCCGCGACGGCUGUGAACAUGUAUCAAAAGCUGCUCUAAAUAUAUCAAACAAUUAACUCCCUUAACACUGACCUACAUCAAAACUCUAGCUGCGGAUAAGAAACCCCUUGAAGUGGCCCUAUUUUUUUAUCCUGCUGCUAAGAUGGACUGAUGAAAGACCUUCAUUCUGUGCUGGUUUGUGUGUUUGUGUGAUCCACAAGUACAUUGAUUGAAAGAGAUUGAACAAGGCUGGGCGUUGUAGACCCAGUGUAGCUCAUUCACAGUCAUUAAACAUUCAUGCAUUGCAUCUUUGCAGGUCCUUCUAAUUUAAACUGUUAGGCAUUUAUUUGUUAUGUGCACGAAACUACUUCUGAUUAUAAAAUAAUAAUAAAAAAAGAAACAUUUAUGGACUGAU